AGCUUCUUUAUCGGCGCUUACGAACGUAACGCUUCCGAUAGUUGUCGCUCCAGUUAACCUCUCAUAUCGUCAAAGUAUAGGUUAAGUUGAUUUCUGCUGAAAAAUAUUGAGUUAUGUCUCUUUCAAAAAGACAUUCAAACAUUUGAAACAUUGUGCCAAAACAUUCCCAGCGUAUCUAACACAAUGGAAAAUUUUUGUAAAUGUGUUUAGUGGUUGGGAAUUAUAAUUGCCGUUUUUAUCGCUGUCUACGAAUCUGUGCAAAGAAUUUAUUUUCUUUGUACGUCGUAUAUCAUUUUAAAAUAUGGAGAAAAUGUUGACGCGACAGAAUGUGGUCACAGAAUCUCCACAUGUCGAAACAAUACCUAUAAAUUUUGUUGCUACUGAGGAUGGUCGAACGCUGUUAGCAUUGACUGAACAUAAAGACGAUAUGUUGGAAAUUGUUGCAACUCCAGUCAUGCUUGUUGGACAAAGUGGAACAGCCACGUCAUUGAUAGAUGUAAAAAAUUUAAAUGGAAAUUUAAUAUUACAUUCGCCUGUUUUUCAAAUAAGCGUGGAAAAUAUUGUCAAUGAGUCAGAACUACAACAGUCGACGCAAAUUUUGGAACCAGAAUCAUUCAAUGACGUUGAUCAGAUGAAGUUGCAAUCGUGCAGAGAGCUGACAUUUAAGAAAACAGAUACGCAAGAGUAUCAGUCUCUUUCUCUGAAUGACUUGAUAGAUGGUGAAAAGGAUGAAAGAUCCUCUAAAGAGAAGCCGAUAAAUCCAGUUGCGAAAAAAAACAAUUCUGGAAGACCUAAAAAGAGCAAAGCAAUUUCUUCAAUUUCUUCGCAAGAUACAAAUAGCUUGAUGUGCGACAUUUGCCACCAAGAAUUUGGCAAACAAACGUUAUAUCGAAAACAUAUGGAAAAUCAUGCAGAGGAAAAACCACAUCGAUGUCCAAAAUGUUCCGCGUCGUUCAACGUGCCGACAAAUUUUACGCUUCACAUGGCAACUCAUAAUACGGGUGAACCGAAAUGUCCAGAAUGCGGUAAAAAAUUUGCAAGAAUGGCCAGUUUAAAGUCUCACAUGUUGUUGCAUGAGAAAGAAGAAAAUUUAUUCUGUACAGAAUGCGAAGAUGCUUUCUCCACGAAAACUCAAUUGGAUGCACAUUUGAAGCUUCAUGGAGAAAAAUGGGCGAUUGAAGAAGUACGAAAGUGUAAAUUAUGUAAUAAACAGUUUAGUCAACCAGCCUUGUACAGACUUCAUAUUCGUGAACAUUAUAGAUUGCAGACCAAAGUGGUGAAGCAAACGAAAAGAGGCACAAAACACAAAACAAUGUAUAAAUGUACCAUAUGUUUGAAGUCUUUUCAGAAGCCAAGUCAAUUGAUGCGGCAUAUUAGAGUGCAUACUGGUGAAAAACCUUUCAAGUGUACGAUAUGCGGUCGUGCUUUCACGCAAAAGAGUUCGCUACAGAUCCAUACGUGGCAACACAAUGGUAUUCGACCGCAUGCUUGUGAAUUUUGUAAUGCCAAGUUUAGUCAGAAAGGUAAUUUAAAUGCUCAUAUAAUGAGGGUUCACAAUGUCCCAGAUGGAGAACCUAUAUACGGAUGUAAUUAUUGUUCAUGCGUGUUUAAAAAACUCGGCAGUUUGAAUGGUCACGUGAAACGCAUGCAUACAGAUGUAAACGAGGAGAACUCCGUUAAGAAUAAUGCUCAUUCGAGUGAUAACGUGGAGUCCGAUAUACGUGCAACGGUGAAUAACGUUAUAACGCAACUGGCAUCUUUAGAAUCCAACGUUCAUCAACCUACGGAUUCGUCAAAUUUCGAGACGCGUCUGUUAUCGGAAAAUACAGCGAGAAAGGAUAUUUUGCAACAAGCGUUGAAAAACAGUGGUCUUCCUAGUAAAAACAAAACUUCUGCUUCUGAAGGUAUUCCUGAAGCAAAAAAGUUUGGAGCUCGGAUUAAUUUUGUAACGUUGUUGGAUCGAGCGCCUGACGGUGAUACGAGAAAGUAUUUGACGAUAAAGCAACGAUGCGUAGGAAACGUGAAAUGGUACGCGUGUACAUUUUGUCACAAAGAGUUUAAGAAACCGUCAGAUUUGAUACGUCAUUUACGAGUACAUACUCAAGAAAAGCCUUUCAAGUGUACCUACUGUCAUCGUUCGUUCGCUUUGAAAUCUACAAUGAUAGCACACGAACGCACGCAUUCGAGUGUGAAACGUUACGCUUGCGAUUCUUGCGACAAAACGUUCGUCUGUCAUAGUAGUUUAAUUGCGCAUACCAGAUUGCAUGCAAAGUCUGACAAUUGUUUCGAUAAAACCAUUGACAACGAGAAGGAUUCCGACACGCACGUUACGAUCGAAACUGAUAUUUAUUCUGGUAAUCAGUCGAAAACCCAAACAAAGGACAAAUCAAAAUUAUCACCGGAAGCAGAAAGUCUAGUACCUCAGGUGAUCUUGCAAGAACCGUUAGUAAUUAGCGACACGGGAAAUAAAAUUUCCGUGGCUCCUUCGGGAAAGAAGAAACAUGCUUGUGACGCAACUGCUGAUCAGGCCAGGCCCCAUAAGUGUUGGAUUUGUCAGGCGGCAUUUAGAAAGAUCAGCCAUUUGAAGCAACAUCAUCGUUGUCAUACCGGAGAGCGUCCAUACAAAUGCACAAAAUGCGAUAGGAGAUUCACGUCGAAUAGCGUUCUAAAAUCGCAUUUGCAUACUCACGAGGAUUCGAGACCACACGGUUGUUCUGUUUGUAAUGCGAAAUUCUCUACGCAGAGCAGCAUGAAAAGACACUUGGUUACUCACAGUAAUAAAAGACCGUUCAUGUGUCCUUAUUGUCACAAGACUUUUAAAACUUACGUGAAUUGUCGGAAACACAUGAAAAUACAUAAACACGAAUUGGCACAGCGGCAAUUGGAACACCAGAAAAUGAGAAUACAAGAACAAGCUUCGGACAAGUUGAAUACGAAGGAAAGUCCUAAACAAGAAGCGGCUCUCGAAUCGUCUUCUUCCUCUUCUGUCUCUGUCACUACUAUUAAUUCCACCAUUACCACCAACAUUUCUAUCACGACCACCGCCAGCAUCACCACUUCUCCCAUCGUCACAACGUCCUCUUCUACGUUUUCAGAUAAUCUUGCACUUUCUCGUCUUGGAUCGGUUGAAUUGUCAUUUCAACCGCAGCUCGGAUCAGAGUUUUCACAAGCUUUUCCUGAAUUUCAAAGUAUCACCGAAGAGAAGGAAAAAAUAAGGCCAGUUUUACCAACAAAUUGCGAUGCCGCAGCAUUUAUUAAUCAGAACGUGGGAGGUAUAGCUGUAACGAAUCUCGAAAAUUCACCAAUAUUACAGGCCGAUGAAGCUGGUUCGGUCACUUUGCCGGUUUACUCUGGCGAUCAGACACUUACACCGGAAAGUAUACGAGAGAUAGAAGAAACUUUAAAUCAACAGUUUUUUAAUAUCGGAAUGAACUUUAACUUGGGAGGAAGUAAUCACUCGAGACAUUCAAACAGUGCAAACGCGAGUGAUUUUGGCCAUGAUAUGAAAGAACAGCAGCAGCCUGUGUUGAAUGUUAUAUAUGAAAACAACAACAACAACAACAACAACAGUAACAGCAACGGCAACGUAGAAACAUCCGGAGAACAUGUGUUUCCGGCGCAAUUAGAUUCAUUUGAAAUGGAUCAUAUUACUUUGCAAUCGGAUGGUGAAAUCGACAUUGGAUUAGAUACAAGAAAUUCAACUAGCAUGGCGAGUAUACUGCCAAGGAAUAUGAAAGAUGAACGUCGACUGUCUGUUUGCGUUGCGACACCAGAUAUCAUAAACGUUGAACAAUCAGAAAAGUCUGGUGUCCAAGCGGUGGUAUUUGUUUCUCAGUCAAAUUUCUCCAAGAAGGAAAACGUAACGAACGAAUUCGCUGUAGAAGAAACUCAAAAAAACAAUAUUCCCAAAGAGUGUACAAUCAAUCAAAUCUUUUUUACAGAAGACCUUCGGGGAACGGCGCAAGAUUCGAAGGUUCAAUCAAAUAUGCACGCACUGUCAUCCAAUGUUGCAGAAAUCGUUGAAACCGCUACGAGUAAAAUAUCCUGUGAACAAUCACUGUUACAAUGUCACAUGUGCAGCCAACAAGGAUUCACAACAGUUGGUUUAAAAGAACAUUUGACAAGUCACCGUGGAACAAAGGAGUAUCAGUGCACAGAAUGCUCUUCGAAAUUUUACACAAACGGUGGAUUGAAUAGACAUUCGAAGAUUCAUGUGGUUAAACAAUCACUUAAAUGUUCGUCGUGCGAGAAGCAGUUUAACAAUAGAGUCGAACUGCGAUCGCAUAAUAAAAUUCAUGAAACUUCAAUGUGGAACGCUUCAGGGACAAAUGCCAAUGCAGAUGAUUCGGCGCUUUCAUCGGACAUGCAUCAAUCACGGGUUGUAAAUAGUCAUUUGCCAACAAGUAAUAUCGCAAUAGAAUCUGAUUCUACCGUUUCGGAGAAAGUUCUACUGGAUACAGUAGCUGAGAGAGAAGUAAUGAAUCAAGUAGAAAAUAUAUUCGUGGGGAAAAAGGAGCGAAAAGAGUAUACGAACAAAUGCAAGUAUUGCCCAAAAACUUUUCGCAAACCGAGCGAUCUUAUAAGACACGUACGCACACACACCGGGGAACGACCGUACAAGUGCGAUUACUGCAGCAAAAGCUUCGCCGUGAAAUGUACUCUGGAUUCUCAUACAAAAGUUCAUACGGGGAAAAAGACAUUUCGUUGUCACGUGUGCAAUAGUCUGUUUGCGACCAAAGGUAGCUUGAAAGUUCACAUGCGUUUGCAUACGGGUUCAAAACCAUUCAGUUGUCCCAUUUGCGAUUCGAGAUUUCGAACAUCCGGCCAUAGAAAGGUACACUUGUUGAAACACGCGCGCGAACACAACGCAAAAAGAAAGCAAAAACAUUUAAAAGUUGCGGUCAUAGCAGAAGUGGCGGCUGCUCUUGAGAAAUGUAACGAGAAGGAAAGGAAAAUGGACAGUUUCGAGGGAAAGCAGCAGCAACUAGCGCAAGAAGAGCAACAGCAGCUUUCGCAGACGGUCGCCGGAUUAACGUCUCCUUUAGAGACAUAUAGUAUUGAAACAGCAACUUCCUGUUUAACCGAUCAAAUUAAUUUCGACGCGGAAGCUAUCGUGUCGAACAACAAUCAAACGAUAGUGUCCAUAAACGAAAGCAAUCAGUUAGUUACGAAUUUACAUUUUCUUUUGACAAAUGGUCUUGUCACCAUUCAAACCGAAGAAUCAUUAUUGUCGCAAACAUCCGCACCCUCGGUUAACAAUUCGCAUCAUCGACCAGUCGAGGUUGCCGAUGCUGGAUGUGCAUUAUUGUCAACGUCCAGCGUUGUAUCCGACACUAGCGAGCAGCAUACCAAGGAAGAAAUUCAUAUAGAACAAAUGUUGAAAACGCCAUCGAAUAAUUGCCUUUUAACAGUAUCAACUGUGACACCGCCGCGACUAGAACAAUGUUCAAAAGUGACUGCGGAAGAGACGUUGUCAGUGGUAGCCGAUAAACCAACGACGAAAAGAAAUCUGUCGAAAAAGGAGUGCGACAUUUGUGGGAAAACAUUCACGAAACCGUAUCAAGUCGAGAGGCAUAAACGAAUUCACACGGGUGAACGACCGUACAAGUGUGACCUGUGCACGAAAUCAUUUGCUCAAAAAUCAACUCUACAGAUGCAUCAGAAACAUCAUACAGGCGAUCGGCCGUACGCUUGCCCGUAUUGUGAAUAUUCCUUCACGCAGAAAGGCAAUCUUCGAACACAUGUGAAACGCGUUCAUCAAUUGGAUACCGUGGACGCGAAGAAAUGGAGGCGCGGCCGUCAAUCCUUUCUGUCGAAAACAUCAUUUCAAGAAAACACCAUCGAAGACAAGAGUCUAAAUUUAGACAACAUAUCGUUUGUAGAGCUUCUGAAAUAGUAACGUGUACAACCGGUACAAGAGUUAUCGUUAUUUUACAUUGAUUGAAUAAUAUAAUUUUAGAAUUCUUGAAGGAAAACUGAGAGAAAAUUGAGACGGGAUUAAACCGAUUGAACGACGGAGAAAAUAAUACAUAUAUUGAAAUAUUCUUAUCGUUGCUAUUUGACGUGUUCCGUAAUAUAUAGUUGAUGCUGUCUCGCGAACAAAUAUAAUUUAUCGCCGUAUAAAACAUUCGCCGAUUUGUAUCAAAGGAAAAAUAAAUUUUUAACGUGCAA